GUUUGUGGUCCUAGCUGUACUCAAAAAGUAUUUUAGUGACGCAUGGCUGGUGACCCGAAAAAAAACAGGCACAUUCAAAGCGUACGUAUCGAGGGGUGUUCCCUUUGAAAGGACAGAUGGGUGGGUGACUAGGUGGGGUAUCCGGUGACACUCGCAAGGUGUGGCGGGAACGCACUCCUGGAAGAGACAUUCAUGAUCAGUGGCGGUACCAAGGGGAGUUAAGUCAGAUCCUUGCAAUCCUGACACACGCUGGAAACUCUGUCAACCCUCCUGUUGUCCUAUCGGGCGCUAGUCGCUGCCCGAACCGACGCUCCAGACAGCCUCUAUAUUGUCCCAGGUGUGCGCACCAAUUACAGGACCCACUUCACUUGGAGAGUUCAGUCACUGCCGGUGGCUCCCGGUCUGAAAUUUGGAGUUGACUCACACCUGGACACCGUCUGACAUUUAGAGGAGAGACCACCUUUCGAGUUCAACAUGGCAGACGACAAACGGGAAGAGAAGGAGGAGCCCCCACCCUAUGACCGGCCCUCCGACAUUAUGUACUCUAUAGAGGAGGUCCCACCGUGGUACAUGUGCAUCUUCUUAGGAUUCCAGCACUACCUGACGAUGUUCGGUGCGACUGUGUCGCUGCCCCUGAUCCUGUCAGGCCCGCUGUGUAUUGGGAACAACAGCCUGGCAACCAGCGAGCUCAUCCAGACCACCUUCUUUGUGUCCGGCAUCUGUACCCUCCUGCAGACGACAUUUGGAGUCAGGCUUCCCAUCGUGCAAGGCGCGACCUUCGCUUUCCUGACCCCGACUUUCGCCAUCCUCAGCCUGCCUGGCUUCGCCUGCCCCACGGUCCUGGGCUCCGUAGAAAACACCAGCUUGAUCACGAUCCAGGUAGAUGAAAACACAACAGCAAAUGUGGACAUGAACGAGCACUGGAGAAUCCGGAUCAGAGAGAUCCAAGGCGCCAUCAUGGUGUCCUCCAUUUUCCAAGUCGUCAUCGGUUUCAGUGGACUGAUGGGACUGAUGCUGCGGUUCAUAGGCCCCCUGGCGAUUGCUCCGACGAUUGCACUUGUGGGACUGGCCUUGUUCGAAGAGGCCUCAUCGCAGGCAGGAAAACACUGGGGCAUCGCUUUUCUCACCAUCGCCCUGAUCGCCAUUUUCUCCCAGUACCUCCGGAACAUUAACUUCCCCGGAGCGAAGUGGAGCAGGGAGAAGGGCUGUCACGUGGCGUGGUUCCCUCUCUUCAAGCUCUUUCCGGUGAUUCUGGGGAUGUGCGUGUCCUGGGCGUUCUGUGGCAUCCUGACGGCAGCGAACGUGUUCCCCACCGACCCUACCGACCCUCAACACAGCGCCCGAACCGACAACACUGCAGUACUGUACCAAGCCGCAUGGUUCCGCUUCCCCUAUCCAGGACAGUGGGGCAGACCUACAGUGAGUAUCGCCGGGGUGUUCGGCAUGUUGUCCGGCGUGCUCGCCUCCAUGGUGGAGUCCGUGGGAGACUACUACGCGUGUGCGCGCCUGUCCGGAGCCCCGCCCCCUCCCGUCCACGCCAUCAACAGGGGGAUUGGGAUUGAGGGGAUUGGCUGUAUCCUGGCUGGCGCCUGGGGCUCAGGCAGCGGCACCACGUCUUACAGUGAAAACAUCGGGGCCAUCGGAAUCACCAAGGUCGGCAGCAGACGUGUUGUCCAGGUCGGCGCCAUGAUGAUGCUGGUUCUCGCCAUGUUCGGCAAGUUCGGCGCGCUGUUCACCACCAUCCCGGAGCCCAUCAUCGGCGGCAUGUUCUGCGUCAUGUUCGGCAUGAUCGCAGCCGUCGGCAUCUCCAACUUACAGUACGUGGACAUGAACUCGUCCAGGAAUCUCUUCAUCUUCGGCUUUUCCAUCUUCUUCGGACUGCUGCUGCCACAGUGGAUGAAAGAACAUCCUGGGAUCAUCAAAACAGGUAGUACAGAAGUCGACCAGAUCUUCACCGUGCUGCUGAGUACCAGCAUGUUCGUCGGUGGCUUCGUGGGAUUCUUUCUGGACAACACUGUUCCGGGUACGGAUGAAGAACGCGGUAUCGCCCAGUGGAAGAAGUUGAACGAAGCGUCCUUGAACAUGAAGGGGUCUUCAAAGGGGGGCAACAAAGUCAUGGAAUGUUACGACUUUCCGUUCGGCAUGGACUACAUCCGCUCCUGCAACAUCGGCAGGUACAUCCCGGUCUGUCCCACCUUCUGUCUCCCGCCGUUUGGGUCAGGCGGGGACGAGGAGGAGCCCGAAGUAAUCGAAAACCCCGUCGCUCUUGGGAGGGAAGCACGGGAGGCGCCUAUGAAGUUAGCGCCUCUAGCGGAACAGGAGAUAACUGCAUUGUAAUACUAGCAUAUAUGCUGGAGACUCCAGCUUUCUUUCACUACUGGUUCGUAAACAUUGUAAACGGCAGAAUGAGUAAAUAAAGAUAAUAAGUGAUUAUUUCAUAAAUAUUCCUUUUAUAUACAACGUAGUAGCUAAAUGAUUGUGGUGAUGGCUUACUGUUAACACUGUGAACGCACAACGCCCUGAAUGAGUUAUAACAGGGAGGCUGUGUUGAAAAGGGAAUACGGAUCUUUCUUUAACAAUUUCUAAUGACAAUCAGUCAUUGACUACUCAGUAACUAGUACGUUAGCAAUUCUUCUGUCAUAUGUAUAUUGGUGAUUGUACUUGGUUAUAAAUGUAUAUUGGUAAUAUUGUAUAUGAAAAUGUAUGCACCACUUAAGUUUACAAUGGAUGUUUACAACGUGAUUGCACUGUCUCGUAUAUGCUGUAAUUACAGAAAAUUUUUAUUUUAGCUUUCAAGAAUGUACUGUGAUAUAUGGACAUUGAAAUGAAAAAUAAAGUUCAUGUA